AGUGAUCCCGAGAAUCUAAAUUGUUGUUUAAUAUAUUUGACUGCUGUUCCAAAUUCUGAAAGGAAGUGCAUUUCGAUAUCAAGGCCAGCCAAAUAUCUCGAAACUGUUGAGCGGAAGACUUCUACUCCUAUAUCUUCCAAUUUGGCAACAACAGACCCAGCAGAAAUUGAAG